CAAUUAUCCCGAAAGCGACGGGGGUUACAUUGUAGACUCUUUAAAAUGUCCUGAGAGGUCAUCGUCGGCGUGCUUAUGACCAGCAUCGUCUUUGACUUCAUCGCAGCGCGCAUACGCAUCAAUACCUCUAACCGCCGUUGACCAUUUUCCAAUUGAACCAACGCCAUGCCUCACGCUCUUACGGGACGCGACUCCACGAUGGAGUCGAGGCCGGUCGGAACUUACGAUUCGACUGGCAUCGACGUCCUCAUUGUAGGCACUGGGCUCGCGGGACUUGUAGCUGCGCUUGAAUGCGUGCGCAAAGGUCACAACGUCCGAGUAUUGGAGAGGAACGAGAGCAUCAACACUGCAGGUGACAUGUACUUCAUGGGACUUAGUGCAACGCGCUUCAUGAAGCACUGGCCAGAACUACAAGAAGAAUACAAGCGCAUCUCGCUGCACAACGCCUGGAUUGAAACAUUCAAGCAUUCAGGCGAGGUCAUCAUCAAGCCUCUCCGCGUUGCGGACAGACUUCGCGACCAGGGCCUUGACCCAGAUACGCCUCCGGGAGAGUUCCAGAUGCGUCCGCUCGUUUACAAGAUGUUUGUCAGUGCCGUGGAGAAGCUUGGCGUUUCUGUCGAGUUCAACCGUCGUGUCGUCGAUUACUACGAGGAUGAGGAGAAAGGAAAAGGUGGAUGUGUCACGGAUGACGGGAAGAGGUACGAGGCGGAUGUCAUCAUUGCUGCCGACGGCGUAGGCUCGAAGAGCCAGAAAUUGGUUGGAGGACAAGUAAGAGCUAGGCCGAGUGGGCGUGCGAUGUGGAGAGCGGCGUUCCCCGUUGAGUACUUGGAUCAGAACCCUAAAGUCAAGGAGUUCUUCAAGUUGAUGCCGAACAAGGAGUCCAUUGUGAGAACCUGGUUGGGUCCUUCUACCUAUGCGCUUACCUUGACUCGCGAGGAUGUCAUGGUCUGGAUCAUGAAUCACGAUGUAACCGGUACUGAGAAAGAGAACUGGAACAACACCAUCGAUAAAGAGGAGGUAUUGGAAGGCAUGGACAAGAUGCCCGGCAUGGAAGUUCACAAGUGGGCACCCAUCUUCAGGGAACUUGUUGAAUGUACGCCACCGAACACGAUCGUCAACUUCGAGCUUCUCUGGAGAGACCCCCAGCCGAGCUGGACCUCGCCAGGCGCGCGCGUCAUCCAAAUUGGAGACGCAGCCCACUCCUACCUGCCUGCCAGCGGCAAUGGUGCCACUCAAGCUAUCGAGGAUGCCAUUUCCAUCGCAAGCUGUCUCGAGAUUGGCGGCAAGGACAACGUCCCGCAGUCCGUCCGCACGCACAUUAGGUUCCGUUUUAUCCGUAAUGCCUGCGCACAGAAACUCGGCUUCUCCAACGCCGAGCUUCUCCAGGACACAGACUGGGACAAGGUCAAGCUCGACCCACGGCGCGCGGCACCCAAGCUCCCGCGAUGGGUCUGGUCGCACGAUCCUGAAGCCUAUGCGUAUGAGAACUACCACAAGGCGGUGGAGAGCAUGAAGAAGGGCGUGCGAAUGGAGGACGAGCAAGGAUUUGAGCCAAACUAUCCGAGAGGGUACAAGUAUGAACCUUGGAGCAUCGAAAAGAUUAUGGAGGAUAUGAGGGCUGGUGUGCCAAUUGAGUUGGGUGCUGGGGAUUGGGAUUGACUGACGUGGCUGGAUGGAGUACUUGAUGGAAUAAUUGACGACCCAGAUCCUUUUUUCUGUGCGGAGUAAGGGGGCCAGACAUUGUCGUUAGAGUUUGUUUAGCAGCGGAGGCUCAAAUUACGAUAUCAGCAUCAUCC